UGUUCGUCAACAACUAGGUCAAACUCAACGUUCAUGGAAUGCCAAUCUGCGAUUCCGUGUGUAACGUCACCGAUGUUAUGCUACCGAUGACACUAGUCUACUAACUAGAAACUAUGGUGAAUUGCGAUUCGUGGAACAGCGUCGCCACCGAUAUACAUACUCAUUGAAGUGUCCUGUUUCCUUCAAAUGGACCCAGACCUUCGACGGAGAAGCCUCUAACGUCGACAACACUUAUCACAUUAAGUUUAAACGGAAAGUUUGCAACUGGGGUUCUACUACUGUACAUGGACACAUUUUUCAUGGUGGUUUCUGGCAUUCCCGUCGCUGUUAAAAGACAGUAUAAUUUACAUCUACGUCCUCUGGUGAAUGACAUGCCGACUGCUACAAAAACUGUUGUUGCAGAGUUCCAAGGUCUAAAGGAGAAAAUGACACAUGGGAACGACAGACACAUAGACAACGAAACGACCGAAAGCAGGUUCGGAAAUCUUCCCGGCGGUGACAGAAUUUAUUAUUAUUACUCAACGAACAGGGAUACGCAGCAUGAUCUGGACAAACUUGUAGAUACUUUAGAAAUCCUUAGAUAUUCGUGUUGGUAUCACGGUGCUAUGUCGUCCAGGGAAGCAAGGAAAAAACUAAGCUAUUCGCCUACUGGAACUUUUUUAGUACGAGAUAGCCAAGACCCGAAACAUUUAUUCAGUUUGAGUGUGAAAACUCCAAGAGGUACAACGAGCGUACGAAUCGAAUACACGCACCAUGGCAAAUUCAGACUUGAUGCAGAUCAGAGUGUUCGGGAAAAAGCUCCAAGUUUCGACUGUGUGGUAAAACUCAUAGCGUUCUACAUGAAUGGAGAAAAAAGAACUACAUGUAACAACGUAGGAAAACAACUUUACUGGCUUGAACCAUCUGGCCGCAAGGAUACACCUGUGAAACUUGUAUUACCCCUAAAAGCUGAUGUGCCUACACUCCAGCAUAUGUGUCGGUUAAGUAUAAACAGAAGUCUACCAAAGGAUUUGCCAGAACAUUACGUAUGUCGCCUUCCACUGCCGACUAAACUUAAACUGUUUCUAAACCAAUACCCCUACUUGCAAUGAAAUCACUGACUAUUUUCGAUAACAUUUUGAUGUUUUUUUGUUUUGUUUUUUAUUAUAAAUAUCGCAAUGGAGAUGUGUACUUUGUGUCAUCGUUAUCGAGUUAUGUACAAUAUUAAUAUUUCGUCAGAGGCCUAUUUUUUUUUUUAUAUGAGAAUGACUAUUAUUUAUCAUUAUUAGCCAUCUACUCACUUCAAAUGCACAAACAUAUUUAUUAGCUUAUGUUUCUUGCUGUGUUUAGUUUUGUAUCAUAGGGCAAUAUUUCUGCAAUCCUUUAAAACACUGUUACGAAGAUAAGUCAUCAGAAUAUAUCACAGUGCAGUUGUGUAACUUUUUUUUAUCGCAUGACCUUGUGCUCGCUUCCU